AUGAAGGUGCACUCGCCUCCGAGGAGGAGACUCAAGCGCAGUCGCAUCCUCUUCCUCAUCUCAGGUGUGCUGCUGUGUUUCAUCUACAUGCUGACUCUGAAGACCAGGCUGUCACAGCUGCACGCCUCCGCCCAGACGGAUGACGCUCUAGGAGCAGAGGGGGGUGAUGAUGAUGAUGUUGUGGAGGUCAACAUUCGGGAGGUGAUGGCAUCCAAUGAGACAGAGGAGGAGGUUGUCUCACCUGAGAGCACCAAACCUCCACUGGUGAUAAUCGUCAACAGGACAGAUAUCGAACAGUGUAUCUAUGUAGAUCCUCAACCUCCCAAACCUCCUCCGACUCCACCGCCACCGACCACCACAGCUGCCCCUCAUCCCCCACGCCUGCCCCCUCACAGGAAGGGUGACUACCCAAACGACAUCUUCUCCAUAGAGCAGCGACAGCAAGGCUGGGUGAUCCUGCACGUCAUCGGCAUGGUCUACAUGUUUGUCGCCCUGGCCAUCGUCUGCGAUGAGUUCUUUGUUCCCGGGCUGGAGGUCAUCACCAACAGUCUGGAGAUCUCUGACGACGUGGCCGGAGCCACCUUCAUGGCGGCCGGAGGCUCUGCCCCCGAGCUCUUCACCUCCCUCAUCGGUGUCUUCAUCUCCCACAGCAACGUGGGCAUCGGCACCAUCGUGGGCUCAGCCGUCUUCAACAUCCUGUUUGUGAUUGGCAUGUGCGCCAUCUUCUCCCGGGAGAUGCUGCACCUGACCUGGUGGCCGCUCUUCAGAGACGUGACUUUCUACAUCCUGGACCUCAUCAUGCUCAUCAUCUUCUUCCUGGACAGCAUUAUCCUGUGGUGGGAAAGCAUGUUGCUGGUGCUGGGCUACAUCAGCUACGUGAGCUUCAUGAAGUUCAACAGUCAGAUCGAACAUGCGGUCAAGACCCAGAUCAACAAGCACAUGAGUAUCGUGAAGGUGUGGACCGCAGAGGAGCCGGACAAGGAGAGUGAAGCUCCACCAGCACCUCCUCCUCCAGCACCUCCUCCUGCUCCCUCUGCUGCUGCUGCUCCUCCUCCAGUUGCACCAAAAGCUGAAGAUAAAUCCAAAAGAGAACUUGAACUGCCGCCGAGCAGCCCUCAACGCAACAAACCACCGUCAGAUUUACAAGAGGACAGAGCAAGACUCAGGGUGCGCCCCGUCCUGCAGCGAGGCGGCAGCUCGGCCUCCCUCCACAACACCUCACUGAGGAGCACCAUCUUCCAGCUGAUGAUCCACACACUGGACCCUCUGGGAGAAGAGGCAGCUCUUAGAGGUGCAGUGAAAACCCCAGGCCCGAGGAAAGUCAGGAGAGAGACUUCCUUUAAUGGUGAUGUCAGAGGGGAGGGGUCAGUACAGAAGAAAGCAAAGAACAAAGUUAAGCCUUUGAACGUCCCAGUCACGGGCAAAUUACAGAGCAAGUCACAUCACAGACACUCUGAAGAGGUUGAUCACAAGCCAGCGGAGCCGCCCAGUGCUGCUGCUGCUGGAGCACCAGCGGGCGCUGCAGCCGAGCCAUCCACCUCACAGCCUCAAAAGACAGAAGGGACAAGUGAGAAGACAGCCAAUCAGCCGGAGGAGUCAAACACAGCAGCGGGGGGCUCAGAGGGCUCAGAGGGCAGCGGGGAGGAUGAUAGCAGCGACGAGGACAGCGGUGACUCUGGUGGGAGUGAAGGCGAUGAUGGUGAUGACGAUGACAACAAGGAGGAGGAGGAGGAGAAUGAACCGUUGUCUUUAGAGUGGCCUGAAACUAGACGCAAGCAGGCCACCUACCUGUUCCUGCUGCCUAUCGUGUUCCCGCUGUGGCUCACACUGCCCGACGUCCGCAACCCGGCAUCCAGACGGUAUUUUGUCAUCACCUUUAUUGGCUCCAUCCUGUGGAUCGGAGUUUUCUCCUACCUGAUGGUGUGGUGGGCUCAUCAGGUGGGUGAGACUGUGGGCAUCUCUGAGGAAAUCAUGGGCCUGACAAUCCUGGCAGCUGGGACGUCGAUCCCUGACCUUAUCACCAGUGUGAUCGUAGCCCGGAAAGGUCUCGGAGACAUGGCCGUGUCCAGCUCAGUGGGCAGUAACAUUUUCGACAUCACUGUAGGUCUGCCGGUCCCGUGGCUAAUGUUCACUCUGUUACACAACGGCCAGCCGGUAACCGUCAGCUCCAACGGCCUGUUCUGCGCCAUCGUGCUGCUCUUUCUCAUGCUCCUCUUCGUCAUCAUCUCCAUCGCCGCCUGUCGCUGGAGGAUGAGCCGAAUGUUGGGCCUCACCAUGUUCGUACUGUACUUUGUGUUCCUCGUGCUCAGCGUCCUGCUGGAGGAUCGCAUCCUCACCUGCCCCGUUUCAAUCUGACUCCCGACUCAGUGUCCACACAGGAUCAAAACUACACGUAGGAUGUGUUAGAAGAGCCGAGCCUGAUGUCAACAGGCCGACCUGGCGCACCGUAGCAACACUAAACAAGCAGAGAUAUUAAAGGAAAGUCCGCCCGCAAUAUAGUUUUACAUUAUUAGUCUGUGAACAUUUUCCAGCAGCUACUCUGUGGUCACUGUGUCCAAAAUCACUCUAUAUUAACUAUAUGCUGCCUCAAAAAAUGACCAAAUACAGUAGUUUUCAUGAUAUGUACAGUAUUCCCAUUCUCUGCCAAUAAUCCCACUAGUGUUUGACACAAUACCUUGAAAAAUAUCUAUUCAAAACCUUUGUUGUACCAUGGAAAAAAUUUGACAUUGUGAGGGAAUAAAAUGUAAAAAGGCUUUAAAAUGACAACUGCAACUAUUUUUUUUUUGGUUAGUAGCUGAGAAUAGCAGAAUGAAUGUAGUAAAGAAUAACCAUAAGAGAGAGGCAAAGAGCACCAGAGUAUCUUUACAAACCGUUUUAAAUUUCACCACAUCCCACCAUGCCACUGAAGGGACGCAAAUUUCAUCCAAAAUGUCCGAAAUACUGCUUACUGUAAACUAUUUAGUCAAGUCGCAUUUAUUUAUAAAGCACAUUUAAAAACAACAAAAGUAGACCUUAGAUGACAUAAAACUGAGGCAUUAUCAUAUACAAACAGUCAUAAAUAGGAGAAAGGCAGUGAAAUUUAUAAGAGCAUAAAAUAUAAUGAAAAAAUCAUCACAAAAAUAGAAUUGUACAAAUAACUAAAUUAAAUAAAGCUAAAAUCGAGCAGCGUGGUCGAGCAUGUAAUCAUCAUGAAGGUUUAAAGGCGAAAGAAAAGAGAUGGGUCUUGGGACAGGUUUUAAAUUUGUCAGUUAACAGGUAAUAUCUAAUUGUUAGAGGGAGAAUAUUCAACAGUUUACGGCCAACGACUAAAAAUGCCAAAUCAACUUUAGUUUUUAAGUAAGUGCAUGAAAUGGCGAGCAGUAAUCGGUCACCAGAUCCAAGGCGUCAGGAGGUGGGAUAGUUGAUGAGCAGUUUCGAGACAUAACCAGGUGCGAGUCAAUGCUGUGCUUUAAAAGGGAAUACAAUUAUUUUAAAAACAUGUGUUUACCAUAGAGAAGGUAGUGAACAAAGGAGUGAUUUUGUACACAACCCUGGUGUUCAAAUGUAUCCUCAAUAUGCGUCCUCCACUUCAUAUGGUCUCCAAAGUUCAAGUCUCGCUUAUUUUUUAUUGAUAAAUUCUUAAUUGUGCAGACGCCAAUUAAAUCAGAUUUGUUUUUUAGGUUCCAUAGCCUGAGGUUUAUCUGAACAUUGCAUUGUGUGACACAAAUCAAAACACACACACUUAAUGUUUUCUAUGUGAGCCUGCAGAGUUUCAAAUUUUGGGGCAUGCCACUGUUUUAUUUUCCCGAACUGAUGAGCAUCAGCGCUCGAAAAAAGCAGCAGUUUUAUCACUUUACUGUACCUGGAUGUGACCCGGCUCACUGCUGUCAUCUUCUGCUUUCUGUCAGUUGGCCUGAUGCAACACAACAGAUGUGGAUUAUAUUACCGAUGUCUUAAUUUUUUUUAAAGAGCAAACAAACAAAAAAAGCUAAUUUGGGGCAGAAAAAGCAGUUUUUACAAACAUUUUUUUGUUUAUGUGACAACAAAAUUCAGUGUAAACCUGCAGUGCAUUUUUGUCUUGCCUACGCCUGAAGGUGUAGAAAUUACACCUUUUCAUUGAUUCAUUUUUUCUAUUGAGCUUUUAUGAAAAAUUGUAGCACUAGACAAAAAAACUCACUAUUUGAUUCAGUGUCUAUUGUUUUUGGGUUUUUUUGCUACGAUAUAAGACUCCACUGUAGCUGCUGGAAAUAUCUGGAUGUGACUGCCCAGAAAAUAAAAAAUGCUUACAAAAAAAAAAAAAAAAUAGUCUGUAAAAUCAAAACUUACUCUUUCAGUCAACAGUGUUGAAUAGUUUUUGGGUGGA